AUGCUAUCGUCACGCUCGUCGUCGUCCGGCAACUUCGACCGCUUGGGUUCUUCUUCUUCCUCAGGUGAUGGAAGUUCAUCCACAGUUUCUGAGAGCCUCUUUUUCUCCGAUGGCUCUUCCCCUGACAUCUCUUCGUUUGAAAUUAGGGUUCAAAGACUAAUAUCCCAUCUUUCAAAUUUCACAUUUCCAGUUGACGGUAACUUGAAGGGUUUCAACGCCAUUAUAGGAAAUGAGCUGGGUUUCUUCUCCAAAUGCUCUGGCAUAAAAACAAGUUCUCCCUCGACAGAUAACCUCUCCACCUUUUUCACAAUCAUACAGUGCAGCACCAAUAAUGAGAGAAGCAUAAGAUGGAACAACUACCACAGACCUCGUAAGCUCAAUAGAUCCAUUGGGCCCCACAAAACCCCUCUCAACUCUCUGCAGCCUGAUCUUAUUUUCCGGCUGAAUGGACAGCAGACAAAUCCUGGAAUAGAACACACAAGGUCUGGCCAUGACAAAACCAUGAAAAAACCUCACUCCUUCCUUCAAAACUUUAAGCUUAAUAUUAGCCCACGCUCCUUCGUACACAGCACAAUGUGUAGCAAUUAG